AUGGGAGAUGAAGAACAAGCGACUUUAGAUGGACAAUUCGUGGAUUUUGCCAAAAUGCUAGAUCCCAAAGGAAGAAACGGUACUACGAUCAACCUGUACAGAUUAGAUUACUGGCUGCGACAGGGCAAAAUAAUAGAUGAUCGGAAAAUAACUAUGACGGACACCGGGAUAAUCUUCAAUAAGUUCUUUAAGUCAGAAAUCGACUACGACGAAUUUCUAGAGUUUUUAGAAGAUCUAGCAAAUUUAAAGAGUCUUUAUUUAGAAAAACUGCAGGAGACUUUGACCAAUUGUGGUCUCCCAGGCUCAUGUGCUGUCUUUGUGCCCCAGUAUAGAACCUUCUUCGAUACUUACAAGCCUAAGGAGAAAAUGUUGUUCUAA